GGCAGUAGUGAGCCCAUUGGACUGCGCAGGUGAUCUGCUAGAGGUGAUCUGCAAUGGCGUUCAAAAUGGAGCUGAUGAAGCGGCUUGCAGCUUGCGUGGCACUACUGGCCGCCACCGCAAUCGUAAGCAGCGAUGGACAGUUCCUGCCCGGACCUCGCUACAGCCUGGACAACAUGCCCAAAACGGGCUUCACCUGCCGUGACAAGAUACUCGGCGGUUACUACGCGGACUCGGAAACUCAGUGCCAAAUGUUUCACGUCUGCGUCAAGGUGGCCGGAGUCGGUAUUCAAGAUUUCCGCUUCCUCUGCCCGAAUGGUACGGCUUUCGAUCAGGAAGCCCAGAUCUGUGCCGAUUGGGGCGACGUGGAUUGCGAGGCGGCCACCCUGUACUACGGGAGCGACAACUUUGACCUGUACCGGUUGGGAUCGGGCUUCGAGAGCAAGCGGGCCCCGUUUGCCGAGGAGGAGGAAGCCACGUUCCAUUUGCAGCGUGCCGAGACGAGUGACGCUCGUCGAAGCAAGCAGUACAUCGUUAACCAGAGCUCCAAACCGCAACAGCCUCCGAGUUUCAACCAGAUCCCCAGCGUCCAGAAACCGGCACACCAGCAACAGCAGCAACAGCAGCAGCAACAGCAGUACUAUCGGCAACCAGUAGUCACCACGAGCACCACCAGCACUACCACCACCACAACGCCGUUCACGCCGGCCGAGAAUGGGUUCUACAAAAACAUUCAGCCCUCGGCGAAGCUCCACCAGAAGCACGUGGAGCACAAGCAACACCAGCUCCUGUUGAACCAGCAGCAGCUACUGCAGGCUCAGCACUACCGCCAGCUAACGGCGGUGGCCGCAACCGCCACGCCAUCCGAUCGGCGGCACCCGACGGCGGACGAGAUUCGCACGACCACGCCAUCCUUCGGUGGAAACAGCAACAGCUACGCCCGGAAUAACGCCUUCCCGCAGGCGCAACCAAACCCAUCGACUCAACCACCACAGCAACAGCAGCAACAGCAGCAGCAACGGGGAGCCAGCAACGACUUCAACAACGACGAGAUCUUCCGUGGAUCCCACAGUUCGCACUUCUUCAACAACCGCAACCACGGAAAGGAGGACUACGAGGAGGAGCACUAUCGGAAGAACGCGGCCGCGGGUUCCUCUCGAGCCACGGCCCCCGGGAAUCGUACGGCGUCGGGGCAACCAGGCGUCAACCGGGGCCGCAAUCGGGGCCGUGGCAGUGUGCGGGCACACAACGUGAACGCGCUGCGGAGUGAGCUGAAACCGACGAGUGCUGCCCUGGUCACCGUGGCGCCUCCUGCACCGCCACAGCAGCAGUCACGCACGCAGAACGUGCAACAUCAGCAGCAACAACAGCGACCCCAGGUGCAGCAGCUCCAGACGACAAAGCUGCAGACGACGACUCCGGACGAUUUCGUGGACAUUCCCAAGAUUCCCAACUUCCGCCAGCAGCCGUCCACGGUGCUGAAGCCUCAGCAGCCAGCGUCCGGUCCGGUGUCACCUUCGUUCACCGGGCACGCUAUCGUCUCCACACCGGCCCCGUUCGCCCGGCAUCAACCGCAGGCGCAAAGCAGAAACGGCAACGCGUUCUACAGCAACAGCAAUCUCCAGCAAAGCUUCCCAACCAGCAGCUCGACUAGUUCGCCCGCGCCGGCUCGGGACACGUUCAAGAUUACGGUGACCACUCCGCCGUACGAGCGAAACAACUUCAACCAGCAACAGCAACAGCAGCAGCAGUUUUCGUUCAACUCCCAGCCGCAGCGUCAGCAGCAGCAGAACGGUGCGACCAGCACGGCGCGACCGUUCCAGGUAUUCGGCGGAGCCCCUACCACCACCGUUCGUCCGCGCUCGGUUACGGAACGUUCGUUCGACGAGGCGAACCCCACUACGCCGCAGGAAGCGCAGCGCAUCCGUCCGCAGUCCCGGGCGUUCAACGUGGUCGAUCCGGCGCGCUUGAGUCAGUUCAACUACAACGAGUACCAGGGAAGUCGGGCUAGCUCCACCACCACCACAACUUCCGUGCCGCCGCCGACGACCUUUGCGCCGCUCGCCGCCCAACGUCAGCGACAGCCCCAGCAGCAGCAGGGUGCGUUCGUGAAUCCCUUCUUCAACGGUGCAGCUCCCCAGGUCAAGCCAGGAGCGCAACCGACGACGACGACGACGGGAGCUCCGAUCACCACCAUCUCACCGGCCGUGGUGCAGCGGGCCGUGCCCAAGGAGCGCUACCAGUCGAUCGCUCGGGCUGCCCACGACGGUCAGACACCGUCGACGGUGAAAAAGUUUUCCACCCUCGUCCCGAAGGACCAGUACAAUCCGACCACCUUCAAGCCGAACGCCAUCAGCAAGAAGGCGCUCCUGCAGUUCGUCAACCAGAAAAACGUGAUCGGGCUGGAGAAGUCACCGUUCACGGAGCGCGUCACCACGGAGAAGCCGGUGGCGACGACGAAGUACGCCGGUUACAUCCCGACCAUCCCACCGGUAACGAGCACGUCCACCACCACCACCAGCACCACGACUACGCGGGCCCCAUUCACCACCACGGUCGUCUCGUCCACGUCGAUCGCACCGCCGAACCGCUUCUUCCAACCGCCGAACCCCAAAGCACCGGGCCUUGGAGGGAAUCCCAUCACGACGAUGACGACGACGACGACGCUCAAGCCCGAGAUCGAUGAAGACGACGGCCAGUACCAUCCGGAGCUGUACGAGAAGGACUUCUACCGGAACCGGGUGAAGGCGAAGACGGCGGCGGCCGCCGCCCUCGCUGCCGCCCGCAACACGAACGGUCUGGCGUCGCUGUCGUCGAGCGACGAGGAGGAGAUCUUCCGGACGGCCCACUCGCAGAACAUUGCGGCCAGCGGUAACGAUCUCAUCCUGGAACGGGCGCGCCAAGCAGCGGCCCGUAUCAACGAGUUCUUCUCGUCAUCGUCGGUCCGCCCGACUGUGGGCAGCCGCCGGGAGCAACCGGGCACGGAACCGGUCACGCAGCAGAGCCUCGCCGGCGGGAAGCACCGGAAGGAUGGCCCCGUCCGGUCGAAGACGGCGCACGGCGCGAAGGGCGCAGGAAGCAACGGUCCGACGCCACGGCCCUUCUCGAAGGCACCGACGAUCCCACCGAAUGCCACCAUCACCAAGCGGCCACCGGAGGACGAGAGCUACGACUACGCCUACUACGACACCGGCAGUCCGGAUCUGCCCGAGUACGACGUCAUCGAGGACUUUGGCCGGAAACGCACCUGAGAGACCGGACCGAAAGGUGCUCGAUAGGGUAGGACAGAAGAAGGAUUGGGUGUGUGUUCGUGCAAGAGAGAGAGAGAGUCUGUGCCAGUAUGCGCGCGGGGACAGACGGAGGUACUACCGUACCCAGGCGUCUCCAGGUGGGUCGUGUGUCGACACAACGUAGGAACAAUUGGAGUAAUCGUUUAUGUAGUUGCCCUAGGCAGGCGUAGCCAGAUCGUCAGGUUACCCAGGCCAAGUUCGUGCGCCAGGCCGCUACUACUGCUAGUAAAGUAGUUCGUGUGUUUGUAAGAGUGUGAUAGAGCGAACGAGUGUAUGUAUGGGAAUGGACGAUGAAGACACAGUUUCCCGGAACGGGACCCAGCACAAGGCAGGUACGCCGAAGAUACGAUAGGAAGUACGGAGAUAUUAUACUGCCAUUAGCGUUUAAUCGUUGCCCCGCCGACCCUACGGAAGCCACGUCGGGGACGGUACAGGGGACGAUCCCGACGACACAGUGCCGACAGUCCGUCCGGGUGACACUAUCCCGAGCACAGGGAGCCAGUAUUUGCUUAGUGCACUCUAUAUAUUGCGUUUCGUCAGGACUCCGUCAUGCCAGCGGUCGAAGCAUGCUAAGCCUGAGCUCGUACGGAGCAGAUCAACAAAGCGGAGUUGUUCGUCCUUAU